AUGGACACAGAUCACGAACUCACUGUCAUUGCAUCUGAAUACGAAUCGUAUUUCCCCGAUUGUGUCCUUAUGCUACAGACAACCACCCCUCACAAGACUCAAUCCUCUACUGAUGCUCCACAGAACUCCAGAAGUGCACCCAGCCAUAUUAGAAUCACCACCCAAGAGGGUCGCCAGCUCAAGGUUACUGUUGCUGUAGCAGGCUGGUACGUCUGUGGGAAAGAUGUGUACUAUCAUAACUUUGAAGCUCUCAUGAAUAAUGAGUCACCUGCUUUCGCCAGAACAUUUGCUAAUACGCUAACAGGAAAGCUCCAGGCACUCGCCAAACAACUACCCGAACACGAAUAG